AUGGACCGUUAUUGCGGUCUGAUAAUGUUCGAUACUCCACUACUUACAGCUCACGACACACUCUCCGAUAACUUAGUCGGUACUGAUCCAACCGAUGCAAGUUCCGAGAGAAAACGUUCUAGACGCCAACUUUCAAAAACCAGAACAUUUCAUAUACCACGUCCACCCAACGCGUUUAUUCUCUACAGAAAGCUUAAACAUAAAGAGAUAAAGGCUAACUACAGACACCUAACAAACAUACAAAUCUCGAAAGUAGUAGCAAUGCUGUGGUGGAAGGAAUCAGAAGCAGUCAGGCUUGAAUGGGCAAAAAUGGCUGAACAAGAAAAGCUUCGACACAUGCAAGAACAUCCAGGCUACGUGUUUAAACCGAGGAAAAAGUCUGAUAUUCGUAAGAUAAACAACAGGAACAAAAAAAGGAGACAGGCUCGUGCAACUGUAAUUAGGACCACAAACGACGGCAGCACACGUAUCGAAAAAAAUAAUUUGACGACCGAUCCUGAACUAGUUGCUAUAGCGGAAACGAUAUUUGCUGCGUCACAUAAUCCACCAUCUGAUAAGCAACACAAUCAGCAUGUUAACAAUGAGACGCACUCGAUGUCAUUCAAUCCGGAUGUUUUGUCUUUUCCUCCAACGAUUAAUAAUAGCCUUCAAACACCUCCGAUUGUACCGUCAUGUCCACCCGCGUUAUGUUUGCCUUCGACUCCAAUUUCGACAACUUUUUCUUCAUAUACGUGUACGCCAAUGUCCCCGCUUUUCAUUUUCUCCACCUAUUCUCCACUUCCAAUGACUGUCUAUCAAUCAUCGCUACAACAAGAACCAUUACCAACAGUAUUACCCGCUGAUGUGUUUUAG